AUGAUUCCAGAAUGUCAAAUUACAACUUGUUCAUCACAUGAAAGUUCUAUUAUAUACAUGGUAAAAUUAUAUGGACUAUGUUUGCUUUUCGAAGCAAUUCUCUUUGAAAUAAUAUCAAUUGUAUUAACAUAUUUACUUUGGAGAAAUAAAACUUGGGUAGUUUUGAAAGAUUUUAAGGUUACAAGACACAAACAUAUCAAAAGAAUGUAUAUGACCUAUCAAAUUCAAACAGCAUUAGUUCAUGCUCAAAUCGUUAUGACAUUAAUAUUAGCAUAUACAAUUUGGAUUAUGGAAAUAUUAGCCACUCAUACAAAAAUAAUUAUGUUUGGAGCUGACAUAGAAGAAUUAUGGACCAACCCUUUUCUACUUUACUUUAUUUUUCAAUUUUAUAUUUUAUUAGUACUUAAAGCGAUUAGAAGUGAAUCACAUCUUUUGAUUUGCGUCAUAUAUUUGGGUAAUAUAGGUGAAUGGUUAGAGGUCUUCUUACAAAUAUAUCAUUGGUGCCCAAUUGAUCUAAUGAAUGAUAGUGAGUCUAGAUGUCAAUUUUGGAAUUUAGUUAAUAAUAAUUUUUGGUAUAAAUACGUUUUUAUUUGCACUAUUGUGGUCUUAUUCAUAAUUUUGAUUCAAACCAUUAAUACUAUAAGAUGUCAUCGGAAUUUUGGAAAAAAUUUUGGAUUUUAUUUAAGAUACCAAUAUUCACCGGAAUUCGAAUACAGUGAUGAUAUCCCUUCGUGUAUAACAAGGAAUAAUGAAAAAACAAUUGAACUAGCUUAA